AUGAAGGAUCCCACGGAUUAUGUUUCCUUGCCUGGUUUACGAACCCGCACGGUAACCCAUCGUGAGGUGCAGACGGAGGCUUCGUUUGUUCCGAGCUGUGUGGAUUUGAGGUACGCCUACGAGCAGCAAGCCUGCGAGCAGUUCACGCAGCUCCGUGAAUUACGGCAAAUAAUCGAAAGCGCCAUGCGCCAGCUCGCCGGAAAUGUGUAUGAUAUUGUAGGCUUCAAAGAUGUCAUGUUUAAACAUGAAGAGGAAUUACCAACAAGCUUGCCGGUUACCGAUAUGCUUUUGCUCACCUCCAAGCUCUACCGCACAACGUGUGAGAUCGGGCGCAUGCUCGGCUGCUUUUUUGGUGUCGUCUUCGCUGACGAUCACUCCGAUGAGCAUUUUCAUUUUAUGGAAGUUCGUCUUCUGCAAAAAGAGCUUACACAGCUGAAAAAACAACUGAAAGAAUCCGAAGAGGAGCGAAUGCAGCUUCAGCAGACUUUGAAGAAUGUCGGGCAGCUCGCGUUAAAUCACGGGAAGGCGGUAGAAGUUCUUGAAGGCCAUAACAGCGCGCUAAAGCUUCAAACGAGCGCUUUGGAAGAUCAAAUGGCGCUCUUAUUUCAGCAGCUCAACACGGAUCUCGAGACGAAUUACAAAGAAAACUUCAAUUCUGUAAUGAUGGAGAUGAAACGGCAGGAAUGCCUCAGCUCGGCUCGCAUGACGUUUCGCCAGACGAUGGAGAAUCUUUGCGAGCAGCUUCGUGGUGCGCGGGGGCUUGUCACGGAUGUCCGCAACACCUUCACCUCGUGCAAUCAGGGCACGCGGACGGGCGAGGCCUUCCUCGCGGUGGGGCCGACCAUUCGCUACAAGCUCAAGACCCUCGACAGCAGCCUCCAGCAGUUCUUCCUCCGCUUCAACGCGAUGAAGGACACGGUGGCGGAGACGACGCAGGAGCUCUUCGGCGCCCUGCACGAGCGCAAGCGCAUCCUGCACCUCUCCCUGCAGCACAUCCGGCUCUACGACCUGCAGAGCACGAAGUUCCGCACCGCGAAGGCGAUCCUGAGCAAACUGAGCGGGACCUCCGCGGCGCUGCUGCGGCGGCUGCAGGUGACCUUCCCGGGCGGCGCCAUCACCUCCGUGGACCGCAUCGGCCUCAUCGUGACGCGGCAGUGGCACGGCGGCUACACCCUCGCCUCGCUGCAGCGCCAGAAGGGCGAGGCCGCGGCCCCCCCCCCCCCCCCCUCCAGCAGCCGCCACAACAGUAACAGCAUCAGCACCAUCAGCGGGGCCUCCGUCGGGAGCCUGGCCCCCCUCCCCCACGCCCCGUCCUUCAGCGAGGACUCGGCCAAGGCGACGAUGCCGGGCUUCACCGAGGCCGAGCGCAUGGCCGCCGAGAGCGAGCUCGCGGCGCUGGGCGACACUACCGUCCUUAGUCAGAUCGGGCCCGGGUUGGACGGCGGGGGCGCCGGCUACCCGCUGAGGCCCCCCACGCGCGAAAUGGCUAGUAUGGGCGAUCGAAUAGGGGGAGGGCUUAGCGCGAGUAUUAGCAACGCGCGAGGAAUGGAGACGGCGCAAUCGUUUUACACCCAACUUCCUCAACGUCACGGCGUGUCGCCGCCUCAUAGUGGCGAAGACGCAGAGCCUUUUACCAAUAUGCAGGCAAUGUUUGGCUUAUUUCAUGAGAUCGGUAGUGACAUUGAGGCGAUUCAAGAAGCUCUAACCUUGCAGGAUGAAAUGUCAGCCUUCCUCAAAACACUCACCCUUUCCAUCCCUACUACCGAGCGUAAGGAUCCCAUUGUGAGUACUAACGAGCUUGCCUCGAAGUUUAUGGCGAGUUCAGAUAAUCCGAGCGGGUAUAACUUUAUUGAACACUACGAAGGGGUCUUUGAAAAUGCGCUUAUCCCAACGGCGGCCAAUUAUGGAGGCACAUCUCCACAACAGCAAUCCAGCCUUUCCGAGGUGGGAGAAAGCGAUGCUUGGAAUAAAGAUGGAUCGCGAGACGGUUUAGAAGCCGUGACAGCACGCAGCGGAUUAGGUUCUGUCGAAAAGGUGCCGUUGACAAGCAAAGAAUUGAAACAUUCCGCAGUAGAAAAGGCUCAGGCGAACUCGAUGCUUGCUAGACAAGCGCAACAGCUGCAAUACCAGCAAGAAGUUCUGUCCAAGAUGCAGGAGGACUUCUCUCUGAAGCUUGACUUUUUACGUCAGGUUUACGAGGGUCGGAUCACGGAUUUAGAAGUCAAGGAAUCCUCAAUAGAGAAAACCUGGACGAAUUUCGGCAAGCCGCUAGGGGAUUCGAUCAACACUCGGAUAGGCAGUAUAAGCAGCAUUCAAUCCUCCUCAGCCCCGAGGCAGCGGAACUCCAUCAUGAUGGAUUCGGAAAAAACAAUAUUGACCGGUAAUGGCCAAUCAUCCAACCGAAGGACCCCUCUCCCGUUGUCUUCAACGGGCGAUUAUAAAAAACUCAACAAGGAGAAGGUGGUUGCGACGCGCCGGGCGUGGCAGGAGAACACGAAGAAGGUUGCAUCAACGGAGAAGUUGCGAAAGGCAACGAUGGAUGCCUUGGAUCGGGUUGAGCAACGAACGAAGGAGAGUUCUCUACGGAAACAGGCAAAGGGGGAUUUUUGA